GUGAAGGCCGUAUGCAUCAAGAUUUCUUCUCCGGUGUGGUUGGUGGAAUAGUUGGGGUGGGCCUGAUGUUCGAGAUCACCUCUUCUUCUUCGAGGUCACGUAAAAGGUCAGAGGUUUCGAAAUCUGUUAAAGAUGGGUUUCUGGGUGCCUUGGAUAUUUCGUCUUCGUACAAUGGGUGUGGAUUGCAAGGUGGGUCUUUGGAUUUCUUGAACGCUUGUUGUUCACACAAUGGGAGGGCAUUGCAAGAUGGGGGGUUUUUUGAAGAAGGGAUCAUCCCUCCUACUGCCAUUCAACUGCAGCACCCACCCCUCUAACGAUGUUUUUAGGGUUGUAACCACAAUGAUCGUCAGGAAGGCCCCCUCAAAGAUUUGUAAUCACCUUCGUUCCCUUCAUAUCAACAAGAGGGUGUAAUUCUGAAAAUUGUAGUCACCUUCGUUCCCUUCAUAUCAACAAGUGGGUGUAAUUCUGAAAAUUGUGCCUGGAAUAUGCUUCCUGGCUCUGCGUGUGCACUCACAGCAACGGAAGAGGCAACAACGCGAGGAAAGGGCAAGAAGAAAGAUGUGGGAGUCCUCCGCUACUACCAUCGCGGUCUUUUGAGUACGGUAAUAUACUUUUUAAGUCGUCACGGUAUUUUGAGUGCCGUAUAAUUUUUGAAAUUCAUCACAACACUUUAAGUACCGUGAUA